GGCGCGCGACAGCCUGUCGGUCAAUUUUCAAUCUGCAGAGACGACCGUUGUGAUGUUACCUGGGAAACUUUGGUAACUUUUUAAAGCAGUAAGUUGUGUUCAGUUAAAUGUAGAAAGAUUUUUCACACUAAAGUUGUUGAGUGACUCGAGCGCGACUACAACUUCAGGACCAGCGGCUGUCCGGUGUCGGUGUGGAGGUCCAUCAGUGGACGGGAUGUCUCUGCGUCCAUGACUUGGCUCCAGAGGCUGAGGUGGAAUGCACCGUGCCGGGGUGAUGAACCAUGGCCUGGCGAUUGUGGGCAAAAGUAUGCUGUGGACAGAAAUGGCUGCUCCUCCUCUCCCCCCUCUUUCUCCUCUUCAUUACUAUCUCUGUGAUGUUGAUGACUCUCCCCCUACCUUCGCCAUGUGCUGACAUUGACUGGCGGUCGUCCCGAGCCCUGAGCUCUGCCGGGGAGUUUAGAUCCAGGCCCAGAGUCAUGGAGCCCCCUCCAGUCGCUGCCUUCCAGCAGCCAAUCACUCACACCCACAGCGGGGUCAGCGCUCGAAAAGAGACAUCUAAACAUUCAGUCCCACCCAAACCUGGCCAUGACAAAAACAGCAUCAAAAAGAGAAGUCACGCAGACUUACAUAGAAAUAAACACAAAAACAAAAGAAAAGAGAAGGCAGGCGCAAUUCAGGAUCCAACCAGUCAUCACCAGCACCAUCUCAGACAGUUUACAGUCAACAACACACAGCCAAAGCUUAGAAUUAAGCCAAGCAACCACAGACCACAAACCUAUAUUCAUCUUGAAAGAGGCAAAUCCACAGCGGCAAAUGUCCCCACACCAACACACACUCUAAUAAAUGUCAGACGAGCUGCAGACAGACAGGCAGACAGAUGGGAAGAUAGACACAUAAACAGCAAUGCAGAAACACAAAUACAUGGCAGCCAAACAAGUGCAAAGCAAGCUGAACAUCACCAGGCUUUGGAGAAUCACAGACAAGCAACAAAGCAUUCUGGGAAUUCUGACAAAGUCAAUAAGGAGCAGCAGGCUGUGAAAAAAACCUCCAGAGAUGAAAAAAAACACCAUAAUCUCUCAGAGGAUCCAUCUGAAGUGAAGAAGAGUCGUGGGUCAUUGGACCGUAGAAAGGCUUUCGUCAAAUCUGACGCAGCUGUAAAGAAAGAUGGCAGCUGGUGUCGGAGCUUCAGAGACAGGGACUUCCCAGACAGUGACAACAGAAGGAUCAGGAUUAGUUCAGAUCUCUGGCCUGUUCCCUGGCUCAGCGAGGAUGAUAUCCAGAAGAUGGAGCUUCUAGCUGGGGGUGAGGUGGUCAGUAAGACCAGGGUGCCUGCACAUGGACAAGUGCUCCGAGUGGCGCUGGACCCUCCUGCACAGCAGCAGCAGCCUCCAGUGAACACGGGUACUCCUGAGCAUGGACCUGACCACAUACACCCAGAGACCCACAGUGAGCGCUGUCAGCAAGGACACUGCUGCCUGAUCAAACGUACUGAUGACUGGUUUGAAGUAUUCGCAUUCCACUUGGACAGGGUGCUGGGACUCAACAGAAGUCUCCCUGUGGUGCUGAGGACUUUUCACAGUGACAUUUUACCAAAUCGAUAUAUCAGCGGCACCCCCAGACCUGUCGUGUGGUGGGAUCCAGGUAUUCAGCACCUCGCUGAUAGAGACAACGACCAGAACUCAGUUCCGCUCAGCUGGGCCCAAUACCAGAAGAUGCUGCAGGUGCACUGUGGGAGUGAAGCAGACCUGAGAUCAGCGCCCUGUGUGGGAGUUCACCACUCAGAGUGGGGGAGACUGGCUCUCUUUGACUUCUUAUUGCAGGUCAAUGAUCGGCUGGACAGGUACUGCUGUGGUUUUACACCUGAUCCAACAGAACUGUGUGUGGAGAACCUGCUACAUGCUAAGUGUGCCAACACCAAGGACCUGAUGCUGGUUCACAUCCUGUGACGUACAUCUGAGAUUUCAUACAACACAAGUAAAGAUCUAACCAGAAGACAACACAAGUCAGUGCCGUGAGGUUAAGGACGUGUACAGAGGCACUGCAAAGAGUGCAUUCUUCUAUUCUUUUCUAUCAUUGCCAUUAUUCAUGUCCAUGUUGUGUGAAUGUGUUCAGUAAAGAGCUGGUUUGUCAGUAGGAGUGGGUUUAAAAAAUCUAUUCUUAGAUUCAAAAUUUAUAUUAAUUAUAUAGAUAUUAAUUAUUAUUUCCAUUUCUGACCGUGCACAUUUUUCUUUUUUUUAAGUUGUUUUUUUGCCCAUUUUUAUGGCUUUUAUUGAUAGUGGAAUGUGCUCUACCAGGUGUGCCACCGGGACGCCCUGCCAUCACUUUUUUAAUGUCAACAAGUUUGCCCUUCACCGCAUAAUCCCUCGUUUUUCACCUUGUUUAUCAACGGUAUCACAAUUAUUGUGCUUUUUAAAAUAACUUUGGACAGUUAACUGCCAUGACAUUUUGCUAUUAUAUGCUACUAGCUUACAGUUGUUUCAGUUUGAGUUGUUUAUCCGCUGCUGAAGCUGCUCAGACAGGGAGCCCACAGUAACUUUAGAGUGUGGAGCUCUGAAGAUCACUACUGUGUAUUCCAACAGUGCUCGGCACACAGAGUAGACCAAUGUGUUAGCCGGAGCUAGCUGGACAACGAGGUUAUGCUUGUGGGAUCAAGAUAAGACUACAAAAUAGGUCAUUAAUAUGUACACACCCAAUGGUGGAACGUAACUAAGUAGAUUUACUUAUGUACUGUACUUAAGUAUAAUUUGGACGGACUUGUACUUUACUUGAGUAUUUCGACAUAUGUAGCUUGAUACUUCUACUCCACUACAAUGCAGGGGCAAAUAUUGUAAUUUUUACUCCACUACAUUUUACUGAGCUUUAGUUACUAGUUACAUUCAGGUCAAGAUUUAACAUGACAAAUAUAUUAUUUUUUAAUGUGUAUGCAUGUUUAUAAAUAAAACCACAUAAAAGUAUGUUAAGUAGUGUCAAUAAGCUGUAACUUGACAAUAGUUAUAUGCUAUUAACAUAAUCAAUAUAAUAAUCAAAAAUAAUGAUCCAACAAUAUAUCUAUAAUAUAUAAAACAUUCUGAGUAGGUCCAUUCUGCAUGAUGAGUACUUUUACUUUUGAUACUUUAAGUACAUUUUGAUGCUGAUACUUUUGUAUUUUUACUUCAGUAAGUUUUAAACACAGGACUUCUUCUUGUAGUGGAGUAAUUCUGCAGUGUAGUAUUGGUACUUUUACUCCAGUAUAUAAUAGGGGCCAAUAGGGGAAUCCUGCACAGCCAGAGAGCUGCAGUUUCAGGCCCCUAAUUCUUUUGCGACAGCGCCACCUACGAUACUAUAUUAUAAUAUAAUAUAAUAUAAUAGCAAUAACAACAAUAAUAACAUACGGAUAUAAAUAUGGGUACUUUGUGUUUUAUAUAUGGUUAUAUCUACAAGUAUUAACAGAUUAAAUGCAGUGAUGUAUCAUUUUAUUUAUGUUAGUAUUAGUUAGUUGGAAGUUCCAUUUAUUAUUAUUUAUUAUUAGCAUAAAUACAACAUAUUCUGGUAAAAUAAAGAUGAAAUAAUAUGCUAUGACCUUUGGUUUGCAAGAUCUCAACUAUAUAUUUGAACAGCUGGAGACAGUUGAUCAACACACUGAUGGAUGUUUGCCCUUCAAAAUAAAAAAAGGGACUUAAAUAUAUUCGGACCAAUAUGAUUCAGUUCACCUAAUAAAAAAACCUGUAAACCUGUUACAAAAAACAAAACAUUUAGAGUAAAUUUAAAUUAAAAGUUAUAAUCUUUGUUUGGAAAAACAAACAAACAUAGGUGACAUAGGUAUCUUUUGUGUUAAAAGAGAAGGUUACUUUUUUUAACAAAACGGUCUACUUUCACAUAUCUAACAUUCAUUUUACUGUACAAUUUAAGACACUAUAAUUUCUUUUUGCGUUGAAAAAUAAACCUCAAUUCACUUUGAAUCAAAUUUCAGCCAUAUUUUCUGGAGAAAUGCACUUGUUGAUCCUCCAAGUGUGGCGCUGUUGCGAAACAAUGAGGGUCCUGAAAAUGCAGCUCUCUGCCUGUGCAGGAUUCCCCUACUCGAUCACUCAGUAUUCUAAUCUGUUAAAAUGACUGACAGCAUACAAAAUAUCUUACAUAUGCAAAAACAAUGGGUAUUGUAACUGAAAUAUAUGAAAUUGAAUCGGAUAAAAUCGGAAGUCCAAUUGAAUCAGGAUCUUGUGAAUCGGAACUGGAUAGAUUUAAAAAAUCAGUGACAAUACCCAGCCCUAGUUUUUCAUCUCUUCUUGAGGAUUUAUAGGGACUCAGAUGGUCGGAUGAAGUUUGGCAAGUCAUUCCAUCACCAGGGACCUACAGAGGUAGUGAGUGGGAGGGUGUGUGGACCUGAAGUAGUUCAGAUAGGCAGAAGCUGUUUUACUUACUGUUUUGAAUUGGAUGUGAGCAGCAACUGUGAGUCAGUGGAGGGAUAUGAGCAGUGGAGUGACAUGCGCUCUUUUAGACUGGUUGAUGAUCAGGCAGGCCGUCGUACAUAUUUCACUUUCAUGUAUCCUAUCAAUAACUUUUGAAUUGUGUGAAUUUUCAUUCAGUUCACUUUAUUCACAUAUCAACCAUGAUAGUAACAGAAAAACAUGAUGAAAGAGAUUCUUAAUUCUUCAAAAACUAACCCUUACACCACAUUUAUAACACUUCUAACAUGUCUUUUUAACUUAUUGUAUGUCUUUAAGCUGUGAGUCUGAAGGAAAUUUCGUUAUCUUGUAUAAUGAGAAUUAAAACUCUUGAAUCUUAUGAAAACUGUUCAUGUGCCACCUGUGUUUGCUUCUGACCGUGUAUG